AUGUGGCCCAUACAUAUAUUCUUCUUUACAACACCAAUAUUGCUAAUAUCAGCCUGGAACCCACAUAUUCCGCUGACCGGUCGAGUUUUACCACUCCCACGGAAAAUAACUUAUCAACCAGCAAAUCGGACCGUUUCUCCAGGACAUGUCACAAUUGAUUUUGGUCAUCUGGCCAACAAUGACAUAUUAAAAUUUGCUAAAGAAACAUACGGUAUGUUUUUUGUUAUAUAUAUUUCGGAUAUUUACCAUUAUUAUUCUCUACAGAGUUUUGGUAUACUGUAAAUUUAUUUUUUCAACAGUUUUUGAAUGCUGUAAAUAAUAAAUAGCUACAUUGAACGUUUAAUAUUUCAGAAAACUCGUGGUUUUUUCCAAGAGAACAUAAGCGAGUUGAACAAAAACAAAGCUCAAACGAUGACUUGGUACUAAAAGUAACGGUCAAAAACGUAUUACCGGAUGACAAAGUUUAUCCGCAUGAUCAGAUGAACGAAAAUUGUAAGUCAAUAGUUGUCAGUUUUCCUGAACGCUGAGAAAAGAUGCAUAACAUUUUUUAACCUUGAAAAAAAUAGUUUUGAAAUUAUACUGUAAUAUCAGGUUGUUCAACUAAUUCUGUGCCCCUAACCCCAAAAAUUUUUUUAGGAAGAAGCACGGAAUUAUUUGAACAACCUAAUACAUUGUAAAAAGCUAACAACUAAUUUUAGACACACUAACGGUAUACGAAGACAAGCCUGCCAUUUUAGAAGCCGAUGAAGUUUGGGGUGCUUUGAGAGGAAUUGAAACCUUCAGUCAACUUAUUUUCUUUCAUGAAGACCAGGUAUUCAUGUUUUUGAAAAGACAAUAAAGUUUUGCUUAACUUUAGUUUGUUUUUGUUUUUUUAUAACUUUUGUUUAAUUUUAGUAUUUCAUCCGUACUGCCUACAUCAAGGAUUGGCCUGAAUACGCGUAUCGUGGCCUGUUGAUUGACAGUGGGCGUCAUUUCUUACCUAAAAAUGUUAUUAAACGACAAAUUGUAAGUAUAAACUGCACUACUUGGGCUUAUAUAAAGAUGUCUUUUAAUUCUCUACAUCUACCAAAAUAUAAUUUUUCAAGACUAUGUUCCAUUUAAAAAUCGUACUUACUUGCAAUAUUAUAUUGUACAUAGACAAGUACUAGUUGCUAAAAUCUAGGAUCUUUUGUCACAAAACAAGCUCAACGUUCUUCAUUGGCAUGUAUCGGAUUCUGAAUCCUUCCCCUAUGAUUCAAAACAAUUCCCAGAAAUGACUAAACAAGGUGCUUAUGCUCCAAAGUACGUAUACUCUCCAGAAGACGUUCAAGACAUUGUGGAACAUGCCAGAUUGAGAGGAAUUCGAGUAUUGGCUGAAUUUGACACGCCUGGUAUGUACUGUUGUUUUAUAGCAAGGCGUUAGUUAGGGAGAUGACAGGACGAUGUGUUAGUUGGCAUAAGCUCUGUACAACGAAUGAAAUGUGUCCAGUUAGAUAUUGUCAUUGCUAUGCUUAACUGGAUCACAUAGAGCCAGACAAAGACAUACCAGACUAAUAUGUUCUACAUUUUAGGCCACAUGGCUUCAUGGAGAGGUAUUCCCGGACUGAUGACAAAAUGUGGCGAUGCCGAACCGAAUGUCCUCGAUCCUUCCAAGAACUCUACUUUUGAGUUUCUGGAGAAGUUCUUCACGGAAAUUCACGAAGUUUUCCCAGAAAGCUUUAUCCACCUUGGUGGAGAUGAAAUCGGAUUCUUCAGUAGCUGCUGGUAAUUUUAAUAUUCUACUGCAUACCUAUAUUUUAUUUCUUGAAAACAGGAUUUAUACGUUUAAUAAUAGUGGGGUAGAAAGUAGUUUUCAUUUUUUUGCUUAGGCAGCACAGUGAAGACGUUGUCAAGUUUAUGGAAGAACAAGGAUGGGGUAAAGAUGUGAACAAGUUGGUCAACUACUAUUUUGAUAGGUAAAGUGACAUAUAACGGUAUACUCAUAUAUAUCAUAGUAUUCUUAAAUUAAUAUUUUAAAAAACGAAAACCCAGUCAAUAUUCUCUAAAGAAGUAUCUUUCUUAUAUCUUCUUACCUUCAGGUUCCAAGGGAUAAUUGAAAACAUCUACAACACCAAAGACGGUUCAAAUAUCAUACUUUGGGAGGAAAUCUUUGCAAACAACAACCCCAGACCCAAUUCCAUUGCUCAUGUCUGGUUAAAUCGCGAUUUAGUCCAACAAACCACCAAGAAAGGCCACAGAACAAUCGUAUCCCAAGGAUGGUAUCUUGACCACAUCAACACUGGAGAAGACUGGUCCUACAUGUACUCCAAUAAUCCCCGAUCCUUCAAAGGAACUCCAGAACAAAAAGAGCUUAUUAUCGGUGGAGAAGCUUGUAUGUGGGGUGAAUUCAUCGAUGCUACAAACUUGGAGUCGACUGUUUGGUAUGUAGUCAUUGAACCUAAUUGUACUGGAAAAAGUUAUAGUUUACCAGUUGAAACACUAAAAUUCCUAUAAUAAUUCCAAAUUUCCGUCUUUUAACUACCAAACCAAAAAAGUUAUAACAAAAAAAUGCAGCUGUCAAUCCUCUACAACAAUAUUAUUUUGAUAACUUCUUCAGGCCGCGUGCACAAGCUGUAGCGGAGAGAUUAUGGUCAAAUCCCACUCGUCAUGCUAGUGAUGCAACGGGAUCAAUGUUUGAACAAGUUUGUCGUUCAGUGGGCCGCGGAUAUUACGUUAGACCUCCAUCUGGCCCUGGUUUCUGCCCGUUUACGCUGGAUUUUCCUUUUCCUGCUUAA